GAGUCAGGGAUUGGAAAGCUUUAUAAAGCAAAAAAAAACUAUAUUAAGGUGCAGCAGGUGUGUGGCAGACUACAAAAAAGACUUCUAUAAAGGCUGGUGGAAAUGAGAGAGGGAAAUCUCUCAUUUCUCUUAUUAUUAUGUGCAGCACUUUCUUGUGCUUUUCCUGCAAAUACAAGGCAGACAAAGGAAGAAGGCAUGCAACUUAUCCAGAAGUACCUGGAAAAUUACUAUGGCUUUAAGAAAGAUGGAGAACCUUAUGUUUGGAAAAGUAAUAAUGCAAUGACCCAAAAACUAAAAGAAAUGCAGGAAUUCUUUGGGCUGGAGGUGACAGGGGAACUGGAUUCUGGCACUUUGGACUUGGUACAGAAACGCCGCUGUGGAUUCCCUGAUGUAGCCGGGUUCUCCACCUUUGCAGGAGAGCCAAAAUGGACAAAACAUGUCCUGACAUACAGAAUAGUAAACUACACUCCAGACCUGCGUCCAGUGGAGGUCAACGCAGCCAUCAGGAAAGCGCUCCGUGUCUGGAGCAGUGUGACCCCGCUGAGGUUCAUCCAGAAGGACAGAGGUGAUGCAGACAUAAUGAUCUCCUUUGCAGCCAGAGGUCACAAUGACUUCAUCCCCUUUGAUGGCCCAGGAGGCUCCCUGGCCCAUGCCUAUGCACCUGGCAAGGACUUUGGUGGAGAUGCUCACUUUGAUGAGGAUGAAACAUGGACCAAAAGCACAGAGGGCACAAACCUGUUUUAUGUUGCUGCCCAUGAGUUUGGCCAUUCACUGGGACUUUCCCAUUCCAAAGACCCCAAUGCUCUGAUGUAUCCAGUUUACAGGAAAUUUGACCCCUCAGUACUCCUUCUUCAUCAGGAUGAUAUCACUGGCAUACAGUACCUCUAUGGACCAUCUCCCAACACAAACAACGAUCAAACGGAAUCUACUGAGGUAAAAAACCCAACUGAGUCAAAAGAUCCUGCACUGCCAAACAGCUGCAGCUCCAAUUUGACAUUUGAUGCUGUCACCACUUUCCGUGGAGAAUUAAUGUUCUUUAAAGACAAGCAUAUUUGGCGCAAACAUCCAGCAGUCAGAACAGCUGAUUUGGAGUUGAUAUCUUCAUUCUGGCCACGGCUGCCACCUGGUGUUGAUGCUGCAUAUGAAAUUCCUGAAAAAGAUGAAAUGGUCAUUUUUAAAGGGAAUGAAUUCUGGGUUGUGAGAGGAGAUACCAUACUUCCUGGAUACCCCAAAAAACUUUACACCCUGGGCUUUUCAAAGGAUGUUUCCAAAAUUGAUGCUGCUUUUCAUAAUGAAAUGGAGGGGAAAACAUAUUACUUCAUAGCAGACAAAUUUUGGAGUUAUGAUGAAAGAAGUCAGUCUGUGGAUAGGAAGUCAUCACUGAUAAGAGAUGCCUUUCCAGGAAUUAAUGGGAAGCUUGAUGCUGUUUUUCAACAUGAAAACUUCCUUUAUUUCUUCAGUGGAAGAAAGCAACUUGAGUUUGACCUUAAUAAGAAGAGAGUUACACGCCUCCUAAAGACAAACUUUUGGUUUCCAUGCUAAUAAAAUGAAAUCUGUAAUGGUGUUGGAAAGAAUGUACUGCUCUUGUGCUAGAAAAGAUUUUCAUUUAUAAAUAUGUAGAAUGUAAAGGUACUUCAGCACCAGACAGCAGAUAUCAGUCCCUCAGCACCUGUUUCUUUAAAUAACAGAACAGUAUUUAACAUAUUGAUGUGUACAUACAUCUGUAGUUAACAUCAGGCUGGCUAGCUUACCACCAAACAACAAUGCAGUUUCUACUUUUGAUAUAAAAUUGUGGUUGAUUUUAUUAUUUCUGCCAUCUUAUUUUCACUCUUCCUACCAUACAUCACCCUGUGCAGAGCCCUGCCAUGGAGCCAGGAGUCCAUGAGGAAGAGCAUCUCUCUUCCUAAAGCCAGGAUUGCUUUCAGCCUGUUUUAGAUAUUUCAGAGCUAAGCAAGAAGACUUAGCUAGUGCUUGUAGUUACAGUGAGACAUACAGGGUUCCCAGAGAGCAACCCCUCCCAGACUGAGGGGUGUUGAGAGGUGGAAGUUCUUUUUUACAGUGGCUGGAAAGGCAGUUUAUGUUGCACACCUGACUAUAGAAGGCUUAAUUAAAGUGUAAUGAAUUCUACCCUAAACUAUUUAUUGAAAGAUGUCAUUUCCUGUGCAGUGUGCUCUCAGGGAGGUUGGACCAGAUGACCCUACUGUUGUCCCUCCCAACCUUAUCCAUUCUGUGAGCAAAGGCUCAUUUCCACAGACUAAGGAGCAGAGGGGCACCCUGGCAUGUAGGGCAAACCCAGACAGCACUGACAUGUCUCUGCUCCUCUCCAGCUUUCCCUGGGGAGUCCCCAUUGUCUGGGGGACACCCAUCAUGUGUCAGUGAGAAGGUUCCCAUCACCUCACCUUAGGGGGUGGGGGGAUAGGGAUCAAUAUCCCAGGUAAGAGUAUUGGUGCAUUUCAUAUAAUUUAUUUUUUCAUGUUCAAAGAGGACUAUGAGAAUGCUCAAAAUUUAUUGUGAGUUGAUUAUUGGAAAGAACAAAGGCAAGGAAAUGCCAGGAUCAAGAUAGAUUGGGGAAGAAAGGGAAAACAGGGGGAUGAGUUCAUAAAAGGGAUUGGAUGUGUGCAAACAGACUGCAGUCAGCUGCUUCUUUGGCCAUGCCUUGCAUGUUUGGUCCUUCUCAGUAAAUCACGCCUUAUGUGUGGAUGAUCUCUUUCUGUGUGAGUUUGGGUGAGCUUCAAGCUGGACUGGCUGCUGAGAAGCUUAAGAAAGCUGAACACCAGCAGCUGGAGCGUGGCUGCAAGCAACAGGGACAUGAAUGCUCCUGGGGAUGCAGGAGGUGCAAGGCCAGCUGCUCUCCUGGGAGGGCUGUGUGUCUAAAAGCAGCUCCUGAGGGCUCCACACUCUUUGGUAUUUCCAUGUCAGUGCUUCACCGUGGGACAGUUCUCAUCAGGGGGAAGCGAGCAGUGGGCUGGAGCCACAACUCCUGUUCAUGUUUGCCCAAGUGCUCCAUGGUUUCUGUCUGUGAUGGUCUCUGUGGCCAGUCUCACAGCUCUCUGGGCCCAGGGGCAGACAUGAACCAGCUGCCACUUCAAUACUGCUGAUAUCACCUACCUGAUGCUGAAGCCAGACAUUGCUUGGGGCGCACAAUUAUUCACAUGGACAGCUAGCAAGAUGCAAGGUAUUAGAGAGGUAUCCUCUCUUUCAGGCAUGUAAAAAUACCUCUCCCAGCACCCAAGGUCUCCUCCUCACUAAAUAACA